AUGACAAGUCAGUGUUUCUACCGGGGUGCUGAUGCUAUGGAUGUAUUCUUUGAUAAACUCAAAGUUGAGGAGAAGAAAAUCCAAUCAGCACUCAAUAAUCCAGCACCGAUGGACCUCACUAAGGAUCAAGAAAAAUUGUUCAGAGAGACGGAAGACUGUUGGAUUUGUAAAAAGAAACUUGGUGAUGAUAGAGUCCGUGAUCACGACCAUAUCACUGGUGAUUUCCGCGGUGCCGCACACAAUGACUGUAACAUCAAACUGAGAAUUUUUCCAUACAAGCAGCACAUCCCUGUGGUUUUUCACAACCUGAAAGGUUAUGAUUGUCAUCAUCUCAUCGGAGCAAUCGGAAAGACAGAUGUUGAGACCGUCACAUACACAAACAAGGAUGGUGUAUGUAAGAGUAAAACUGUGGGUGAGAUAUCAGUCAUUCCCAACAACAUGGAGAAAUUCAUCUCAUUCACAUGGAGACAGUUCCGGUUCAUCGACAGCUGCCAGUUUCUCAAUGCGUCACUCGAUAGACUUGUGAAAACGAUACCAGAUGAGUCAUUCACUCACACCAAGACGUUGUCAAACCAUCAGCUGUUGAUGAGGAAAGGGGUAUACCCCUAUGAAUACAUGAACAGCUUCUCCAGGUUCGAUGAGACUCAGCUACCAGCACAGAGUAAGUUCUAUUCUUCACUGUCUGAUGAGGGGGUGAGUGACGAUGACUACAAACAUGCUGAGACAAUGUGGAUGAAAUUCGACUGUCAGACUCUUGGUGAUUAUCACGACUUGUAUCUCAAGACUGACGUGUUUCUCUUGGCUGACAUCUUUGAGAAUUUCAGAGUAGAAGCUGUCAGAACGUAUCAGCUGGAUCCAGCAAAUUACUACACUCUGCCUGGAUUUGCCUGGGAUGCUCUGUUAAUGUACUCAGGUGUGUCCUUGGAAUUACUAACAGACUAUGAUCAGCACUUGUUUGUAGAAUCAGGAAUGAGAGGUGGUGUGUCGAUGGUCUCACAACGAUAUGCUGCUGCUAAUAAUCACUAUCAGGAGAAAUUUGAUGUUGAUCAGCCAUCGUCAUUUAUCCAGUAUCUCGAUGCCAACAAUCUCUAUGGUUGGGCAAUGUCACAGCAUCUCCCAGUGUCUGAUUUUCAGUGGGAGAAACCAUCAGAGAAACUCCUGUACAAGAUCCUGAAUACUCAAGAUGAUUCCUCAUCGGGGUAUAUCGUCGAGUGUGAUCUGGAAUAUCCAUACGAACUUCAUGAGGAGCACAACGAUUAUCCAGUUGCUCCGGAACGUCUUUCCGUCAAUGAGGACAUGCUAUCUCCAUAUCAGCAGGAGCUUGUUGAUAGACUCAAUUCUUCCGGAGUAGAUGCUCUCAAACUUGUACCAAACUUGAGGGACAAGACAGAGUACGUUCUCCAUUACCGAAACUUGAAACUCUACACUCAGCUCGGACUACGUUGUGUCAAAAUUCAUCGUGCUCUGAAAUUUACUCAGAAACCGUGGAUGAGAAACUACAUCGAGAAGAAUACAGACCUCCGGAAGAAGGCAAAGGAUGAUUUCUCCAAAGACUUCUAUAAACUGAUGAACAAUGCGGUGUUUGGGAAAACUAUGGAGAACGUUCGGAGGAGAGUCAAAAUAAAAUUGCUGAGAAGUCGUGAGGAGAAAAAAAUCAAACAGCUUGUUGCCAAACCAACGUACAACCGCCGUGUGAUCUUCAACGAUGACCUGGUGAACGAUACCAUUGAUAGUGUCACCUUGCUUGAUCUUGUUGGUUUUUGA